UGGCGAGAGUUCGGGGUACUUGCGUCACGAGAGGGUUGUGUCUGGAGGAUCUCCUAAGCAUCCCAUAGAGCAGGCUGCCUGUAGUGGAGCCCGGCGCAGGAGGCGGGACCCUGAGCUUCCCUCGGAGUACAACACAGAAGAGGAAAAAUGGCCAUUGUCCAUCUAGAAGGGAAGUUUGAGGUACCUGGGGAGUCCAUAAGAGGGCACUAGAGCUUCCAUUACAGGCAGGUGCGAGCUGCCAGAUGUGGGCGCAGGGGAACGAAACUGGGAUCCUCUGCCACUGCAGACUUCAUUCUGUUCUGUUUUGGUUUUAGACAGGGUCUUGAGUCGCCCAGUCUGGGGCGUCGUAGUAAAUGUUCCCUGGGCAAUGAGGAAGACUGUAUUCUUCUGCUGUUAGGAAGAACAGAUGCCGUUGGGGUCAGGUGAUCCCGGUAAGCCACAUAGGGGGAAGCUGUCCUCACCAUACCAGAUUUAGUACACACAGAACGCUUUGCAGUCUUCCAAGGGAGUUGAAGCCCUCAGCCGUCACGUCCCAUGCACACCUGCAUCCCUAGCCCAGGCCCCUCCUUUCUUACAUUCUUCUCAAAGGGUAAAACCUUGAGGACAUUAAUCCGUGCUUUGACGCGGGUCUCAGUUCUUCCCACCCCAGCCUGAGCUCCAUCUUCCUCGCCUUUGUGCUCAGUCUAGAAGAUGGUGGGAAGCUUUGGUUCAGUGUUCUCUUGGCAAUGAGAGGAUUUCCCCCCUCAGGGUUGAUUUACUCUCACGGUGAGGUUCCCUGGAGGAAACUCAACAGCGGGGGCGCUGGCACUUUAUCCCAAAUUGCCCUGUGCUAACACUAAAUGGUUCAUAAACAGUUAAAAGUUUAGCCGUGACUUCCCUGUUGGCUCAUUGCCUUAAUGCUGGUAGCCCUGCCCCCUCAGGCCCUCCCACUCCGGGGAGUAGGUAUUCUGUGCCUGUAUCAGUUAUGUCAAAUACUUGAUGUUAUAUAAAUGGUAUAUAAAUCCUCUCUAUUGCUACUGAUUGUGUUUUCUCAACUGAUGCUUCUACUUACUGAAAGAUGUUACAAUUCCCUUUUUUUAUUAUUUUAUUUAUUUAUUUAUUUUUUUUUGUUUUUCGAGACAGGGUUUCUCUCUGUAGCCCUGGCUGUCCUGGAACUCACUCUGUAGACCAGGCUGGCCUCAAACUCAGAAAUCCACCUGCCUCUGCCUCCCAAGUGCUGGGAUUAAAGGCGUGCGCCACCACACCGGGCGUACAAUUCCCUUUUUAAAGUAGCUAUUUAUGUAUGUGGUGGGGUGGGAGGGGCAGACACGGGUGUGGGCCUGCCAUGCGGUACACGUGGAAGUCAGGGCAGCCUCAGGACUUGGUUCCUGCUUUUUUUCUACGUGGGUCCUGGGAAUACAGAUCAUGUUGGGAAUUCCUUUAACUGACGAGCCAUCUUGUUGGCCCACAAUUUCUAACUGCAGACUGCCUUUUCCAUUAGUUCUCUUGAUUUUUUAAGUUUGAAUUUUUGAUAUUUGACAUACAGUCAGGGUUUCUGUGUAACAAGUUGAUCUUAUUUUUGUUACUUACUUGUUGGUGAGCUGGUGGGUUUCACUGGGGUUGCUUAUAAGAACAAGCAACCAUAAACUGCUUAUAAAAAUCUCCAAGGAAGGGUGUGGAAUUGAUCUUAUUUAAGUCUAGCAUUACCUUACUUUUCUUUUUAUAAUUAAAGUAUAUUUCCUCUAAAGACCAGAUAGCUGGAACUUGCUUUUUAAGUUUUAUCACUUCCCAGGUUUAGAAUGUUUAAAUUGUUGCUAAUAUAAUUUAUUUUAAGCCCUUUAGAUAUACAGGUGUGUGUGUGUGUGUGUGUGUGUGUGUGUGUGUGUGUGUGUGUGUAGACAAACACUUUCCUGGGGAAAUGGGACACACACACAUCUACUCACCCCCAGUAGGAGCCCACAACCAAUGUACGAAUACCAGGAAAGUCCAACUUGGUGAACCAAUGAGUUUUAUUGGAGUUAUUUACAGGAGCAGAAAUGACUCAAGACAGCCGCAUCACCAAAGCCCACCCUGGAUGACAGCUCACCAAAGCUGGGAACUGGGAGCUCACUGCCUGUAGGCAGCCCGUGUUGGAGAGUGGCUUUUCCAAGUGACUCUGUUCUUAGACCUCUUCUAGGCAGCUCAGCUGGUUUCUGCUUCCAGGCAGCUAGUCUGGUCCCAGUCUUAUUUGUAGCUCAGCUGGUCUGAGAGUCUUCUGCUGCUUGGCUUGUCUCUACAGUGCCUUUCCAAAGCUGCAAAACCCUCAAAGGCUAGCAUUACAUCAUCUCUAUAAGCAAACCUUUCCCAGAGGAUGGGCAGGGCAAGGAACAUCCUGAACUGUCAUCUUCUAACAAGUGGUGGGUUUACAGCCUUGGGGAAGCUCUCUGGAAGUCUGCUCUCACUUGUCCCCAGCAAGUGUCAGGUGAGCCCAGUAAGAAGAUACUAAAGUCAGACAUAGGCAGCGUCUGGUAUAGCAUGGAAAGGGCCCAUCCAUUCGUAACACCUGCUUCCUUUCCAGGUUGGAGACAAAGCCUGGAUAGGUGCUGCUAGCUCAGUCAGGUCUUUUCUCACUUGAUGUGCACAGACCUCCUCAGGACCAAAGGCGGGCGUCCCUGCUGCACCUGCUCUCCCCUGCUGCACCUGCUCUCCCCUGCUGCACCUGUUCUCCCCUACUGUCCCUGUUCUCCCCUGCUGCACCUGCUCUCCCCUGCUGUCCCUAAUCGCCCUGCACUCCCCUGCUGCACCUGCUCUCCCUGCUGUCCCUGCUCUCCCCUGCUGUCCCUGCUCUCCCCUGCUGUCCCUGCUCUCCCCUGCUGUCCCUGCUCUCCCCUGCUGCACCUGCUUUCCCCUGCUGCACCUGCUCUCCCCUGCUGCACCUGCUCUCCCCUGCUGCACCUGCUCUCCCCUGCUGUCCCUGUUCUCCCCUGCUGUCCCUGCUCUCCCCUGCUGCACCUGCUCUCCCCUGCUGCACCUGCUCUCCCGUGCUGCACCUGCUCUCUCCUGCUGUCCCUGCUCUCCCCUGCUGUCCCUGCUCUCCCCUGCUGCACCUGCUCUCCCCUGCUGUCCCUGUUCUCCCCCGCUGUCCCUGCUCUCCCCUGCUGCACCUGCUCUCCCCUGCUGCACCUGCUCUCCCCUGCUGUCCCUGUUCUCCCCUGCUGCACCUGCUCUCCCCUCCUGCACCUGCUCUCCCCUGCUGCACCUGCUCUCCCCUGCUGCACCUGCUCUCCCCUGCUGCACCUGCUCUCCCCUCCUGCACCUGCUCUCCCCUGCUGUACCUGCUCUCCCCUCCUGCACCUGCUCUCUCCUGCUGUCCCUGCUCUCCCCUGCUGCACCUGCUCUCCCCUGCUGCACCUGCUGUCCCCUGCUUCACCUGCUGUCCCCUGCUGCACCUGCUCUCCCCUGCUGCACCUGCUCUCCCCUGCUGCACCUGCUCUUCCCUGCUGCACCUGCUCUCCCCUGCUGUCCCUGCUGCACCUGCUCUCCCCUGCUACACCUGCUCUCCCCUGCUGUCCCUGCUCUCCCCUGCUGCACCUGCUCUCCCCUGCUGCACCUGCUGGCUCCCUGGGUUAGAGUAGUCCUGGGUUGGCAUGGUGGCUGUCGGAUGAGUUCCAGGAUGAGCAAACCUCCUCUCUUUUUGCUGGAGAGAAGUAUACCCUCCUCUGGGGUACACUACAUUUGCCUUUGAGGAACCCAGACAGACAUCUUCCUCUGCCUUACCCUUUACUAUCUAUUCUAGACUGCUCUCUCUUUUAACUAGACUCUCUCUUUACAUGCUGGUCUAAGUCACUGAGAUCUGCCGAAGCCUUUCCUACUUUAUAAGGAUCUUGUCCACCCGAAAGGCUUAGCAACAGUGCUAAGGCUGGAUACCAGCCUUGAGGUCCCUGCUGGGUCCGCCUUUUCUUUAAUUCCUCAGUGAACACUGUCCAGAGAAUAGGGAUUCAAACACGCUUCUCUUUUUCCUAGUCCAAGUAGCACCAGUACCUCUUCUAUGGUCCUUCUGUUUGUGAGGAGCUCAGAUGGAGAUAACCAAAUGUUCCUAGUGCUCUAAUAAGCCCGUCUGUCAGGACUGACUUCCCUCAUUCUGCCUCAGGCUAAGCUGCCUUUGCCGUAAGGAGGGAUGAGAAGUUACAUUGCUGUUUUUCUUCCUCCACAGCAGACUGAACCCAUCUGCUCCCAUGUCCCACAGCCUCACAAGCCAGGCUCUGACAGGCUCUUUCAUUACUUGUUUAAAGAACUCCCUCCACCCCCCACCCCCCACCCCAAUUCCAGCAGUUCACUGCUGGGCAUUUCCUGAUAACACUAGUUUCUCGUAUGAUACCAUGGUUAAGGCCCCAUCUGCAGGCUACAGUAUAGAUUUUCUCUCUCUACUAAAGGUUGGACCUGAGGGACAUCUGCUUUUUCCACCAGUCUCAUCCUCGCUUUUCUUAUUUACUUGCCAAAUCAGGCUAACAUGGUAGCUGCAUCUGCCUUUCUUGUUGCAAUGGCUCCUUAACACAAACAAGUUCCUGCUUGCUGCCAUCUUGGCCUCAGAGGCAUUUCUGACUACACACAACAGUGGCCCAGCAGCCUCUGCUGCUACUUACCAGCAAUCUUAACCCUUGUGCGCUAAUCUCAAAGACCACAAAAUUCCCUCUAAACCCUUAACUAUUUCUAGUCAUCUUCGUGUUCAUGUGGUGAAUCUACUCAUCAAGCAGGCAUGCCACCUGUAUGCCACAUGGAUGAAGGCUGCCAUCCUGGGAUUCCUCUACUAGACGCUCCUAAGCCUGCUGUUAAAGGGACCAGAGUUUAGGGGGUGACCCCUCCCAGACCCUGAACUACAGACCACAGCCAAACACCUGUUUUCACAGACCCUUUAUUAGGUGGAAAGGAGAGUCUGAAAGAAGCAGCAAACGGCCUCAUAGAUGAUUUUUUUAAGAGGUAAAAGGGGGAGAUCUGUGUUAGACUGGGCUGGGAUACAAUGGUGUUUUGAUUGGAUGUGUUAAUUAGAGUAGCCAAAUGGGAGCUUUUGAUUGUUGGAUGGGACCUUGGUGAUCAGCCUUAGGUAUGGGUCUGGCUAACAAACAAAUCAAGCUGUGAAUCUGGUCAGUUUCAGGAACUUUCUGAAGCUAUUAUAAGUUGCUUACCUCCCAUCUUAAAGAGCUGCCCUGAAGGAUGGUCAGUUUCAAUCUUGGAGGAAACUGUUAUACAACAAUAUACAUUUGUAUUUGUAUACUUAUACAUAUGUGUGUGUGUGUGUGUGUGUGUGUGUGUGUGUGUGUGUAUGCAUAUACAUGCAUACAUACGUACACAUAUAUUCUUCAAGAAGAGUUUGGCAGUGUUGGACAUAAAAAAAUCAUAAAGUCAUAAGAAAGUGACAGAAGAGUUAACAAUGGUAGUGCACUGCCACAUAGGUGUUAGAAUCAGAACUCUGGAGUUCUGGAAGAGCAGCAAGUGCUCUUAACCACCGAGCCAUCUCCCCAGCCUCAGCCUUUUGGAACAAAAGCUAAGCAUACAUGUGUGAUCAUAUGUAUGUGUAGAGUAGAAGGCGUAUUCACAAACAGCCUUCUGUAAGUAUCUGUUAUUGGCAAGUGGAAAACUGCAAGCAGUGUUUUUAUUACUACCCUGACGUUUUGAAAUGAUUUCUCAAACUCAGUAAGAUUUCCAUAAAAUAAAGUACAACAGUUCUUCAGUUAACCUCAUUUGCGUCUCUGGAAGACUCACCUGAUAAUAAAGCUACCCAGUAGUAAGGAAACAGAUAAAUUCAUCAAGUCGAGAAAAUCAUGCAAAAAUUCUUCACAUGAGAGUGACCCAGAUGUUUAAAAACACUUUUUUUCCAGGUACAGUCCUUAUUUUGCAACUCACAAACAAUUCUAGGUGUCACAACCUGGGGAACAUCUAGACAGACGUUGGCAAAUGAAUGUACAUGUCCAUUUUUGUAAUAAAGUGUUAUUGCUAUGUAACUGAUAUUCUUGCCUUCUAAUGCAGUUGUGUAAGAUCACUGAUGAACUAAUAACAGUGGGCUGUUAUUUCUAUCUUUUUAAGGAAAAGGUUCAUUUGGACUCAUGAUUUGAAGGUCAGUCCAUUGUGCUAGAUAAGGUUAAAUAUCAACAACAGGCGGCAACUUGUCACUUGACAUCUACAGUCAGGAAGCAGAGUGAUGUUCUGUUGUCUCUAUUUUUGGUUUAAUCUAUUUAGAUAUGUCAGAGCAUCUGUAAGUUUCAUUUUAGGAAUGGUAGAAAAAUCAUACUUUGUACAUGGAGAGCAUUGGGUUUGACCAAGUUAAGAGCCAGCAAGAGCAGGACAGUGGGGGCCCCACACCUUUAACCCCAGCACUUGGGCAGCAGAGGCAAGCUGAUCCCCGUGAGGUAGAGGUCAGCCUGGUCUACAGAGUGAGUCUACAGACAGGCAGACUGUCUUAAUAAAAAAAAAGUAAAAUAAUAAAAAUAAAAAAGAGCCAGCAAGAGUAAUGAUAAAGAGGUCAACAAAGACAAUUCUGAUUUACUCAGUUGGAGCCAUGCAAAGUCCUGGCCUCAUGAUCUCAGGUUCUGUCCAGCUCUGCCUUUUCUAGGCACCACACUCCUCUAAGAUGCAAACCUGACAGGUUGCUUGGUGGGUGGGAUUUUUGCACAUGUUCAGUUACUUCCUUUACCAGGCAGCUCUGUUACCUGCAUAGUUCUGGAGCCCCUGUCCUAGCUGUGUCCUCUUGAGAAUAUUCUCCCAUGCUGUCUCGUUCUCAUAAUGGUAUUUGUGUCUUUCUAAUCUAGCCUGUAUUUCUGUACCUACUCUAAAAUGCAUUUGGCAACUUUUAAAAUACGAAGGAUUUUUAUUUUAGGGGUAUGAGUGGUUUUCCUACAUGCAUGUAAGUGUGCCAUAUGAGGGCAGGGACUCCAGCAGUCAAAAGAUGGCAUCGGAUACUCUGGAACCGGAGUUUCAGAUGGUUCUGAGCUAUUGUGUGGUGUUGGAAACCAAACCCAGAUCCUCUGAAAGAACAGCAAGGCUCUUAAUUGUUUUUAAAAGAUUAAUUUUGCACGUAUGAAUAUUUUGCCUAUUUGUAUGUACGCAUGCCUGGUACCCUUAGUAGUCAGAAGGCACUGGAACUCUGAAAGUGGAGUUGGGAAGGUUGUGAGCCACCACUUAGGUGCAGGGAACUGAA